AUGUGUGACGAGCAGGAGGAAAAUGCUGAACACCUGCUUUUUGACUGCCCUGCAAUAGCGAAGGAACUUAUCAACCGCAUUCUUCAAUUAGAAGCUCAUAACAAGCAACUGAAAAGUAUAGUAGCCAAACAGAAUGAUUCUAAAGCUAAGCAAGACAAUGAAAACAGGAAAAGGAAACGUCCAUUUGACUUUUCCAGAUUCCCAAAACAUCACAUAGCGAUUAAGCUGCUGUAUUUGGGCUGGGACUAUCAGGGGUUUGCCUCUAUUGAAGACAGUACCAAUACAAUAGAGCAUCACCUUUUUGCUGCUCUGAAAAAAUGCUGUCUAAUAGAGAGUCGGGAGAGCUCCAACUACAACAGAUGUGGCCGAACUGAUAAAACUGUCAGUGCUUUUGACCAAGUAAUUUCUCUGACAGUGCGAGCAGCCAAAGAAGGUGAUCCUCCCCUGGAAUACUGUAAGAUGCUGAACAGACUCUUACCUAAAGAUAUACGUACAAUUGCAUGGAAGCCUGUACCUGAAAACUUCAGUGCCAGAUUUGAUUGCAAGAGGAGGACUUAUAGAUAUUUCUUCCCAAGAGGGGACCUAAAUCUACAUGCAAUGCAGAAAGGAGCUGAAUACCUCAUUGGAACUCAUGAUUUUAGAAACCUAUGUAAGAUGGAUGUUGCCAAUGGCGUUGUAGCAUUUGAAAGAACAAUUGACAAGGCUGCAAUAGAGAUAAUAUCCAAAUCAAGUUGUCAUAAAGGCUCUGGAUUCGAUAUGUGUGAAUUUGUUUUGACUAGUAAAGGCUUUCUGUGGCAUCAAGUACGAUGCAUCAUGGGAGUGUUAGUUCUUAUCGGAAGGGGCCAAGAAGAUCCAGAAAUCAUUUGCCAGUUACUUGAUACCACUACAUUCCCCAGAAAACCACAAUACUGCCUUGCUGUUGGAGAACCACUCAAUCUUUUCCAUUGUGACUUUGAUUUGGACAACUGGAUAGUUGAAAAAUCUUCAAUAAAUGAAGUGGUACAAACACUGCAACAGGAAUGGGCAACACAUUCUAUCAAGGGAGUGAUGAUUGAGCAGAUGCUGAUUGGGCUGCAUCGUAUUACUGACUCUGUGAAUUUAUCUCUACAGAGUGGUGGCCUUCUACAAGGCACCCAAAGCAAAGUUUAUACACCUCUCAGCAAGAGACCCACUUGUGAAAGCCUUGAAACACGAAUUGCACAUUAUGUGGAAAAGGGAAGAAUUGAAGUUUGAAACAUCAAGAAAACAUGCAAUGUUGUUUUAAAUAAAUAAUUAAUUUUGA